UAAAAUUAACAACGGAUGGAUGUAAAAAAAAUAGUGAUUAAACUGCAUUUCGAUAACAAUAGGACGAGAGUUGACCAAGUGAAUCAGUUUGUCGUCGAACAACAUCGGAUGUGGUACAACAUAAUAAUGAAGAGUCUUCUGAAGAUAAUUUUUAUCACUUUUUGUACGAUAAUCGCCGAUGGAUCUAUUUUUGAUCCCCAGAAUACAAUUGUGUUUAAUAGUAGUGGAUAUUUUGGAUAUAGUGUUUAUCUUGAAUAUUUAGAUGUAAAACGUUUCCAGUUAUUAUCGGCCGCUCCUAAAGAUAACGUUGUUCGUUCUUGUACCAUUGAGGAUGGAUGUCAGAGGUUUAAUGUUCCUUUAAAGCCUAGUAAAAUUAAUUUUGUGGGUGCUUCAAUAAGCGGUACAGGAGUUGCUAAUAGAAAUACAGUUAUUUGUAAUCCUCAAUAUGCAGACGAAAAAUAUCAUACAAAUGGAAUUUGUUAUUUUAAACAAAAAACUUUUAAGGAAUAUUCGCCUCUAAGCAAACCAAGUCGCCAAAUUGGACGUUACAAUAAAACUUUAGAAUAUUUAUAUUCUCAUGGACAAUUGGGAUUUUCCAUAAAAUAUAUUCCCAACGUGGGUUUUUUACUUGGAGCACCUGGCGUUUUAUCCUGGAAAGGAACCAUCUUAAAGUAUAGCUUUGAUGGAGACGACGCCGAAUUAAAUCCAGAAUCAAAAGUAGAAAAACUUAGUUAUUUAGGUUAUUCACUCGAAUACGGAUCUUUUAACUUCCGAGGAAGAAUGAUUUCGUGUAUAGUAGCGGGCGCGCCAAAAGGAAGCAAAGUUCAUGGUCAAGUACAAAUUUAUUCAUACUCACAUUUUCCGUAUACUCUUUUAAAAAUAUUUAAUGGAGAUCAAUUCGGAUCUUAUUUUGGCCAUACACUUCUAGUGGCAAAUAGCGAUCUUUUUAUAAGUGCUCCAAUGUACAGUGUGAAAAGUUAUGAAGAAGGAUGUGUUUAUAUCUUUUAUGGAUUAACUCCAAAUUUACCACUUUCCCAAACUGUUUGUGGGAUUAAAGCUGGUGGGAGGUUUGGAUUUGCUAUGAGUUUUUUGGGAAAAUUUGGAAACAAUUUGUUGAAUGUUGUUGCUAUAUCAGCUCCGUACGAAGAUGAAAUGUCUGGAAGUAUACAUUUAUUCAAUAAAAAUGAAGAUAGUUAUAUGUUAUUGCAAAAAAUUCGAGGGAAAUCAGUUUAUGAAAAUAUUCGCGGUUUUGGAUUUAGUUUAUCCAAUGCGUUGGAUGUAGAUCAAAAUAGUUAUACAGAUUUUGCUGUUGGGGCAUACUUAUCAGAUAAAGUGAUAAUAUUCAAAUCAAAACCGAUAUUAAUGUUCACUGGUGUUCUUAAUUCCGAUGUAAAUCAUAUUCAAGAUGAUAUAAAUACACUAAAUAUCACGUAUUGUUACGAAUAUAAAGGAUAUGAUAAUACAAUGAUUACAACAGAAUACAAUAUCAUAUCGGAUGAUAGAAUCGAAUUCGAAAAUAAAAAUAUUUAUAUUGAAGAUAUUAAUGUUAAUAGUCGUAAAUGUAACAAUAUCCACUUAAAAUUAAGGCCUCACGCUCAUUACAAUCCCUACCCACUCAAUAUUAAGAUAAUAAAUAAAAUAAAAGAUUGUCCAAGUUGUCCAAUAGUUUAUCCAAAUGACACAAUAAACGAAAUUGAAAUCCCUUCGACAACCGGAUGUGGCAAAGAUUUAAUUUGCACCCCUAAUUUAACAAUGACCAAUUCGUUUCAAAAUCUAACGAAUUUCAUCGUGGGGAGUACCCACUUUUUACCAUUAAUUAUAGAAAUCGCAAAUAACGGCGAGACGGCUUAUCAUUGCAAAUUAAAUUUAUCAUUAAACGCUGAAAUUAACCGAAUUCCAGCGAGUUGUUUUCGACACGAAAACGUUAUCAUUUGUGAUAUUUCAAAUCGAUUUAUUAAUGGACAAAAGAAAGUUUUAAAUUUUGAAGUGGAUUUAAAAAAUUAUUAUAAUUAUACAAAUUCAAUUAAAGGUGAAAUACGGGUUUUAAGCGUUGGUGAGGGUGAUGGCAAAACGGUUAAUGCAACGAUUAAUUUACCGUUGGUUUAUAAAGCAAAUUUAACACUUAUUGGUCAUUCAUCACCUGAAUAUUUAUUGUACAACCCGGAAAAGGAAUCCUACAACAUCCACCAUCAAUACGUGGUGUUUAAUAAUGGACCUAGUCCGUUAAUAAAUCAAUAUGUAACGAUUUUCAUCCCACAAAAUGUAUCUAACAUAAACGGAGAGUUUAAAAACAUUUUUAAUAUUUCUUCUUUAGAAGAAAAUCUUUGUUCAUCUGAAGAUAUUCCAUUGCUAAAACGUAAAAGGAGUAUUGAAGAGAUUCCAACAAAUUUUAAUGCAACUCAAGAUGGAAAUAAAAAAGUUUUUCUGGAUUGUAACGCUUCUAAUAAUAAAAUGGUGCAAUGUAAAAGAUUUAUUUGUAAUCUCGAGUUAUUGGUGAAUCAUUCGUUGAAGUUGGAUUUUUCGAUUACCGUUGAAUUAAAUAAGUUAGUGAAAUCUUACGAUCAAACUUUAAAAAAUAAAGAUUUCGUCGUAUUCGAAUCAUUCAUCCUAUACAAUCUAACAUCACCAAAAAUUUCGACAUUUUUAUACACAAACAUCGCAAAACAAACCGUUGCAAUUUGGAUUUGGGUUGUUUCGGUAAUUUUAGCUAUUUUAAUUUUAGCUUUAAUAGUUUAUGGAUUAUAUAGGCUAAAAUUCUUCAAAAGACGCGAUGUUCAAACUUUAGUUAACGAGGAAGAAAUAUCAAGUGGCGAAUAACCAAAUGAUUUUUUAAUUCUGUUUGGGUUAUUAUAAUCAUUAAAAAUCAUUUUAAAAAUAUUGUUUUAUUAAUCAAUAAAGGAUAACCUAAUAAACAUACGAGAUUUUUAAAAAACUUAA